CGGGUCUUUGCACAAUCUAUUCGGCUUCGAGUCGGCCGCUUUGUCAUCGUGGCAGCGCGCGCAGUGACGCUUUCCACUCCUCUCCACGCACGCUAGCACGCGGCACCCGCCACUUUGGCCAGCCAGAGCACAAACACGCCCACCUCUCUCGCACACUAACAGUGCAGAGCUUUCCACUCAACACCGCUCCCAACACCGACAGGCUCCUCUCCUUCACGUGCACCACCACCGCAAUUCACUAUCCCGCCCGCCGCUGUCACAGCUGCAUGAACCCCGCCUAGCCACCCUCCAAGCGGUCUGCGCGUUCAUCUUUUCAGAGCACCCGCCUGCUUGCGAGACACCCAACACCGAACUCGAGUGGUGACCACCACACCCGGCUACAAACAUGGCGACCACAAUCGAAGAGCUCGACGCCACGGUGCGCGCCUUCUACGAGGGUCGUGGUGACCAGCAAAAGGCGGCACAAGCCUCACUCAAUCAAUUCAAAGAGAACCCCGAUGCCUGGCUCAUGGUCGACCAGAUCCUCGAAAAGGCGCAAUACCCUCAGACUAAGUACCUUGGGCUGCAGGUGCUCGACAACGUGAUCAUGACGCGGUGGAAGGUGCUGCCGCGAGACCAGUGCAUGGGCAUCCGGAAUUUCGUCGUCAACGUUAUCAUCCAACAGAGCAGCUCGGAGGAGAGCCUGAAGAAGGAGCGCGCAUUGCUCAACAAGCUCAACCUGACACUGGUCAGCAUUCUCAAGCAAGAGUGGCCGCACAACUGGCCCACCUUCAUCAACGAAAUCGUCACAUCAUGCCGUAGCAGCCUUCCCAUAUGCGAGAACAACAUGGCCAUUCUGCGAUUGUUGUCAGAGGAAGUCUUCGACUUCUCAGCGGAGCAGAUGACGAGUACCAAGACGCGCCAGCUCAAACAGAGCAUGUGCGACGAGUUUACCAGCAUCUACCAGCUCUGCUCUGAGAUUCUACGGACCGCAGACCAACCCAGUCUGAUCAAGGCCACACUCGAGACGCUGUUGCGCUUUUUGAACUGGAUCCCACUCGGCUAUAUCUUCGAGACCCCACCCGGUACUCAAAUGUCGCUGAUCGAGCUCUUGCGCAGCCGUUUUCUCGAGGUGCCUGAAUUCCGCAACAUCACUCUCAAGUGCUUGACCGAGAUUGGCAGCCUGCAGACCGAGCAAAACUGGAACGAAAAGCUGGUGGAAAUGUUUACUGAGACGCUUACCACCAUCUCCAAGAUCAUUCCUCUUACGUUAGACCUCAAACAGACGUACGCUUCUUCAAACGGCAGAGACCAAGAGUUUGUCCAGAAUCUCGCACUCUUCCUGUGCAAUUUCUUCAGCAAUCACCUCAGCCUCAUCGAGGCGUUACCGAAUCGAGACUUCUUGAUUCAUGGCCACUUCUACCUCAUUCGGAUAAGUCAGAUUGACGAUCGCGAGAUCUUCAAGAUCUGCCUCGAGUACUGGACGAAAUUGGUGUGUGAGCUGUACGACGAGAUGCAGCAGAUCCCCAUCACAGAGAUGAACCCACUCAUCAACAUGAGUGGGAUGGCGAAUGGAGGCGGCGCGAUGAAUCCACAAAUCUUGGCUAACUACCCACUUCGUAAGCACAAGUACACCGAUGUGCUCUCCAACCUGCGACAAGUCAUGAUCGAGAAGAUGGUCCGACCUGAGGAGGUGCUCAUUGUGGAGAACGAUGAAGGAGAGAUUGUGCGUGAGUUCGUCAAGGAGUCGGACACGAUCCAGCUCUACAAGACGACGAGAGAAUGUCUAGUGUUCCUGACACAUCUUGACGUCGUCGACACUGAGCAGAUCAUGUCCGAGAAGUUGGCGCGACAAGUCGAUGGUACAGAGUGGAGCUGGGCCAACUGCAACACGCUCUGCUGGGCUAUUGGUUCGAUCUCAGGUGCCAUGAACGAAGAAACCGAGAAGCGUUUCCUUGUCACUGUCAUUAAAGACCUGCUGGGACUUACGGAAAUGAAGCGCGGCAAGGACAACAAGGCUGUCGUGGCAUCCAACAUCAUGUACAUUGUUGGACAGUACCCACGAUUCUUGAAGGCGCACUGGAAGUUCCUCAAGACUGUCGUCAAUAAGCUUUUCGAAUUCAUGCACGAGACGCACGAGGGUGUGCAGGAUAUGGCUUGCGAUACGUUCAUUAAGAUUGCUAACAAGUGCAAGCGGCAUUUCGUCAUCCAACAGCCUGGCGAGACAGAACCGUUCAUCGAUGAGAUUGUCAAGACCAUGCGCAAGAUUACCUGCGAUCUGUCUCCCCAGCAGGUCCAUACUUUCUACGAGGCAUGCGGUUACAUGAUCAGCGCACAGGGCCACAAGAAUACUCAGGAGCGUCUGAUUGGUGAGUUGAUGAGCUUGCCCAAUGCUGCGUGGGACCAGAUCAUCCAGUCAGCCCACCAGGACCCGAGCAUAUUGCAGAAUGCCGAGACGAUCAAGGUCGUCGGCAACAUCAUGAAGACAAACGUUGCAGCUUGCAGCAGCAUCGGAGCAUACUUCUACCCACAAAUUGGCCGGAUCUACAUGGACAUGCUCACCAUGUACCGCGCAUCAUCACAACUCAUCGACGAGGCCGUGCAGCGUGAUGGCAACAUCGCCACCAAGAUGCCCAAAGUGCGAGGUCUGAGGACCAUCAAGAAGGAGAUCCUGAAGCUCAUCACGACCUAUGUCGAGAAAGCAGACGAUCUGGAGAUGGUGCACACAACGCUGGUGCCUCAGCUGCUUGAAGCCAUCCUCCUCGAUUACAAGAACAACGUGCCAGAUGCACGCGAGGCGGAGGUCCUGGCAGUCAUUACUGUCUUGAUCACGAAACUUCAGGGCAUGAUGACCGAACAAGUGCCUGCAAUUCUCGACAAUUGCUUCGAAUGCACUCUCGACAUGAUCAACAAGGAUUUCUCCGAAUACCCAGAACAUCGCGUUGAGUUCUUCAAGCUGCUGCGUGCGAUCAACCAGCGUUGCUUCCCGGCUCUCAUCAAGCUCGAUCAGGCUCACUUCAAGCUCGUCAUUGACAGCUGCAUGUGGGCUUCUAAGCACGACAAUCGUGCUGUCGAGGGCGAGGGUCUCAACAUGUGUAUCGAGUUGGUUGAGAACAUGGCGAACCACACCGACCAACAGACGUGCGAUGCCUUCUUCCAGAGCUUCUACACGACGAUCUUGCAGGACGUCUUCUUCGUCCUUACCGAUUCCGACCACAAGGCCGGCUUCAAGUACCAGUCGAUGCUGCUCGCCCGACUCUUCUGGCUCGUUGGCGCCAACAAGAUUUCUCAGCCAAUCUACACCCCAGACCAAGCUACCGCCGGCACCACCAACAAAGACUUUUUGCAGAACUUUGUCGCGUCGCUGCUCAGCAAUGCAUUCCCGAACCUGCAGGCCGCACAGAUCACCAACUUCAUCAAGCAGCUUUUCGACAGCACAGAGGACCUGCCCAAGUUCAAGCUGAUCCUUCGUGACUUCCUCAUUCAGCUAAAGGAGUUCGCUGGUGACAAUGCCGAGCUCUUCCAGGAGGACCGCGAGAAGGCCAUUCGCGACGCCAAGGACGCCGAGCGCGAGCGCAUGUCCAAGGUCGGCGGUCUUCUCAAGCCUUCGGAACUUGACGAGGACGACUUGUGACUUGAUCAAGAAGUGGAGUUGAGCAAAGGGCGGAGUAUAGACGCGGAAAAUGAUGCAUUGGAACAGUUGGGCUGGGUUGCUUGAAUUGUUCGAUACCUUUCAUACAUUCAAUUGUGGAAAAAGAGCUCAAGAGAGCGAGGGCAGACACGCAUGAGACGGCUGCACACGACGAGUGCGGUCAGAGGUAGGCUUGCGUGGUCCGAAACUUGCUCCUUGGUACAUCUCUGGAGAGUGUGAAAUGAUGGCGCGCAGGCGAAUCGAAGGGAUGAUACGAGAUACAUGCGCGCGAUACGGCCGAACUAUAAGAUCAAAAGAAGAAAAGAGUUUGACGAAAGGGCAUGAGACUACUGUAGCUGUCGUCGAGAGCGACAAGCUGUAGGAGAUGUAGAGAGACAGUGUUAGAUUUCCAACAAACAAAAAAUAGCAUAGCGCGACGAUCGCGGAGAAAUGGAAA